CUGCGGCAGCGGGCGGUGGCACUGCGGGCGCGGGCGGGUACACUGCAGCACCGCGGCCUGGGUCGGGCCUGCAGAGGCCCGCUGGAGGGGGCGCUGUGGGCACGGCUAGGCGGCCUUUUGUCAGCGUGCACAGCCGAGAGCUCUCAUUUCCUCCCAGCCUCCUGCGGGAAAUGGAUUUAAUUCUGACCGUAGGGCCGUGAGGGACGCGCGCGGGAAGCAGAGCCUUUUGUCAAGGAGUGGCAGCUCUGGUGCUCUUAAUUGGCACCAACGCGCGCGCGGAGAAGUUGCCGGGCUGGUGGGAUUCCCUGCUGCUCUGAUAAGCAGGGGCUGCAGGAUGGGUGGAAAACACUGCUCUGCAGAGUAGCUGCAUGGAUUUAUGAAGCGCAUCCCCAAAAAAUCCCACAGAAAAACACAGACCAACCCACAGUGGCAGACCGGAGAUGCAUACGAUGCUGUGCAGACGUUUCCACCUGGAUGCCUGAGGCUGUGUAGAUGUGGCUGGCACCCCGGAGAGUGGAGCAGGGGGUGAAGACCCAGCACUGAGAGGAGAGAGCCUUGGAUAGGCUUGGGCCAGCUUCCCAGGUUCCAGGAGCAGAUCACAGACCCAGCAGGAAAAUGAGUGAAGAGACGGUCCCCGAGGCCACCUCCCCGCCGCCCCCGCAGGGGUCGCAUUACUUUGACCGCUUCUCCGAGGAAGACCCCGAGUACAUGCGCCUUCGCAACCGUGCGGCCGACCUGCGCCAGGACUUCAACCUGAUGGAGCAGAAGAAGCGCGUCACCAUGAUCCUGCAGAGUCCGUCUUUCAGGGAGGAGCUGGAAGGCCUCAUCCAGGAGCAGAUGAAGAAGGGGAACAACUCCUCCAACAUCUGGGCCCUGCGGCAGAUCGCGGACUUCAUGGCCAGCACCUCCCAUGCAGUCUUCCCAACAUCUUCCAUGAACUUUUCCAUGAUGACGCCCAUCAAUGACCUCCACACUACUGACUCCCUGAACCUGGCCAAGGGGGAGCGGCGCAUGCGCUGCAAGAUCAGCAGUGUCUACCGACUCCUAGACCUCUAUGGCUGGGCCCAGCUGAGCGACACCUAUGUUACGCUGAGAGUCAGCAAGGAGCAGGACCACUUCCUGAUUAGCCCCAAGGGAGUUUCCUGCAGUGAAGUCACAGCGUCCAGCCUGAUCAAGGUGAACAUCCUGGGAGAGGUGGUGGAGAAGGGCAGCAGCUGCUUCCCAGUGGACACCUCGGGCUUCUGUCUGCACUCGGCCAUCUAUGCAGCCAGGCCUGAUGUUCGGUGCGUCAUCCACCUGCAUACGCCUGCCACAGCAGCGGUCUCAGCCAUGAAGUGUGGCCUCCUGCCUGUCUCCCACAAUGCCCUGCUGGUGGGGGACAUGGCCUAUUAUGACUUCAACGGGGAAAUGGAGCAGGAAGCUGAUCGCAUCAACCUGCAGAAGUGCCUUGGCCCCACCUGCAAGAUCCUGGUGCUAAGAAACCAUGGCAUGGUCGCUCUAGGUGACACCGUAGAGGAGGCAUUUUAUAAGAUCUUCCACCUGCAGGCUGCCUGUGAGAUACAGGUGUCAGCUCUGUCCAGCGCUGGGGGAGUGGAGAACCUCAUCCUCCUGGAGCAGGAGAAGCACCGGCCCCACGAGGUCGGCUCUGUGCAGUGGGCUGGGAGUACUUUUGGGCCCAUGCAGAAGAGCCGGCUGGGGGAGCACGAGUUUGAAGCCCUCAUGAGGAUGCUGGACAACCUGGGCUACAGAACAGGCUACCCAUACCGCCACCCCUUUGUUCAAGAGAAAACCAAACACAAAAGUGAGGUGGAGAUCCCAGCCACGGUCACUGCCUUUGUGUUUGAGGAGGAUGGUGCCCCUGUCCCCGCCCUGCGACAGCAUGCCCAGAAACAGCAGAAGGAGAAGACGCGCUGGCUCAACACGCCCAAUACCUACCUGCGGGUCAAUGUGGCUGACGAGGUCCAGAGGAGCAUGGGCAGCCCCCGGCCCAAGACCACAUGGAUGAAGGCUGAUGAGGUGGAGAAAUCCAGCAGUGGCAUGCCAAUCCGGAUUGAAAACCCCAACCAAUUUGUGCCUCUCUACACCGACCCCCAAGAAGUGCUGGACAUGAGGAACAAGAUUCGAGAACAAAAUCGGCAAGAUGUGAAGUCGGCGGGGCCUCAGUCCCAGCUCCUGGCCAGCGUCAUUGCUGAGAAGAGCCGAAGCCCGUCGACAGAGAGCCAGCUGAUGUCCAAGGGUGACGCGGAUACCAAAGAUGAUUCAGAGGAGACGGUGCCCAACCCCUUCAGCCAACUCACCGACCAGGAGCUGGAGGAGUACAAGAAAGAGGUAGAGAGGAAGAAACUAGAACUGGAUGGAGAGAAGGAGGCUGCCACAGAAGAGCCAGGUUCACCUGAAAAGUCGGCACCUGCUUCUCCAGCACAGAGCCCAGUGAAGGCAGAGACAAAGAGCCCUGUGGUCUCUCCUUCCAAGUCUGCAGAGGAAGACGUUAAGGAGACAGAAACAAGCAAAGCCACCACUGAGCCCGAAACAGCCCAGCCAGAAGGGGUGGUGGUCAACGGGAGGGAGGAAGAGCAGACUGCAGAGGAAAUUCUCAGCAGAGGCUUGAGCCAGAUGACCACCAACGCCGACACGGACGUCGAUACCUCCAAGGACAAAACCGAGUCAGUCACCAGCGGCCCCAUGUCCCCAGAGGGCUCACCCUCCAAGUCUCCCUCCAAGAAGAAAAAGAAAUUCCGAACCCCCUCCUUCCUGAAAAAGAGCAAAAAGAAGGAGAAAGUGGAGUCCUGAUCGGUGGCACCCACGGACUCCCAUUUGCAUCUUCUCCCUCCUCCCCUCCCCUUCUCCCAAUUCUGUCCCUGGAAGCACAGGGCCAAGGAGGGAUAGAAUAGGACCCGGGAUCACACUCAGAGGGGGAACUUGAGAUCACCCGACCAACCCCUCAUUUUACAGUUACACCAGAGAAAUCAGGUGACUGCCCAAGGUCACACAGAUAGUUAGCGGCAGAGUCCACACUAGAAUUCAGGUCUUCGGACCCCCAGUCUAGUGCUCUUUCCACUUUACAACACUGCCUAGUUGUGGGCCACCUUUGUCAGGACGUUGCCCACCAAUCUGAGCCCAGGGCAGGAAGGCAAGAAAUGGGCUAUGAGCUCUCACAGGCUCAGACUAAGUCAAACAGGUCGAGACUUCCCCUGAGUAAGGUCCAUUUCUUCCCAGAAGGCCCAUCUCCUGCAAUGGAGAUACGGCCGCGUUGAGAAAUCUUGCUUCUCUUGUCCAUUUUGGGUCCCUACCCUGUUGCUCAAAGUAACGAGACAAGUUGACCUGUCCCCGCCAAUAGAAGUUAACCUUUCUUCCCAAGGCUGAUGGCUUAGCUUGCACUUCCCCGAACACUACCCCUGAGCUGUCUUCAUGGAACCACUUGAACGAUGAAUAGAAGAGCUGUAAGUGUUGGCCGAUGCGAGGGCAAGCCAAGUCAGCCUGACGAUCAGGGACGGUCUGAUCAGUAUCGGAAGCCAGGAACUUGACCUGUUUGUAUUGUGCAUCUCAAGUGCUUCAAAACUAAAACCAAACUUAGCAUAAGAAAAUGUCGUCUCAUGCUCAGGGCAGAAAAGUGGGGAAAUUUCAAUCCUCUGUUGGCUUUGCGUGGUAUAAGGAGGAUCAAGGUGGCACAGGAGAUGCUGCCUUUCUAGCUUUGCAUGACACACCCAGCAAUGCACUGUACCUGCCUCAUUCCUGUCCAGCAGCCAGGUGUCCCCUGACCUUCCCUCAAACCCAGAGCACUUGCUCACAGACCAGAGAACUGGCAUCUUAGUCUUGGCUUCCUUGGGGUUCCAGAUCCAAGUUACUCUGGGUCCAGCAGAGGAGAAACAGAAAUGUGUCUUUCAGGAUUCAUCCUCUUGGACCAGCGCUCAGAGAGAUGCUUGGGUGUCCCCAGCCCUGUCGCUCUGUCUAUCCUGGGGCCUGGUCGUAGCUACAGCUUUUGUUUUAAAUGCCAACACUAUUUUUUCAUGAUCUUCUACAGGGCAUUGAUUCAUGAGCAUUGUUGACUCCUAGACAAUCCAUUCUCUUUAAAGCACAGUGUCUUCAAAGAAAAUUUCCCUUUUUUGUCCUGACUAUUGUAAAAAUAUUUUCGGAAGUUCUUAACCAUAGAAUCGUAGUUUUCCAUUUUUUGAGCAUUUUCAAGUCCAAGGACACUGUGCAGGCUUCACAUACAUGACACCCUGUAAGCCUCACAACAAUCCUGUGAGUUGGUUAAGAUGAUUCCCAUUUGAUCAUCAGGAAACUGAACUCCCAAAAGAAAAACCUAAAGUCUAGAUUUGAACCCGGGUCAGUCUGAGUCCUGAGCCCUUGCUCUUAACAUCUCUGGUGAAUGGACAACUUUAAUCCUUGAAGGUGAUUUAGUCCAUGAACCAUUUCUGAGACUAGUGUCCACUGCAUAAUGUUAGCACUUGAAAUGAAGGUAGGAAACUACCUAUGUCCACUUUUACUGAUGCAUGUUCAACUCCUGGUGGCCUGUGAAUGUGGUCCUCUGACAAGACAGGCAGGAGCCUUCCAGUUGGGGCAGGAAACUCCAUCCACAGUUGGCUAUUUCUUGAAAAGGAAGGAAACUGACAUGGCCAAGGAAAACCCAAUGCUGAAAACCUAGCACGGAUUCCCAACUGCUAGGGCCCCUCUGCUUCCUGGUUGGGUCCCGUCUUAGGAUGGACAACCCAACAGGGCACUGACAUCUCAGAAAAAAAACAAAUCUGUCAUAUGGGAAAUGCCUUUAAAAGCCAAUCCUCUGAUGCCUUCUUUAAAAACUAGGUUCCCGUUUACUCAUUCAUCCUUUCAUAGAAUUUAUUGAGCAGCUGCUCAGAAUCACACAUGAUGCUGACGUUAAAAGGAAGCAUCAUGGUUACUAGAAUAAAAGGCGGCAGAUAAUGUUGAGAGAAGGGAGGAGAGGACGUGACCUCCGGAGCAGCUCUGUGUGAGAGUCAUCAUUGCUCAGAGGUGUCUGUUGAUGGCUCCGUACUUAGCAAACGCUCUGUAUUCCCUUUAUCUUAGCAAGGCCCCAUUUAGGUGAAAAUGUCAGAGCCUUGCUGGAGCAUCAUCCGUGGGAUUUGUGCCAUGAGUCCACCUCAUAUUUGCCGAUCUGUUCAUUCCUUGUGUAUUUAGAAAACAUGCACUGAGCUUGGGUCCUGGUGCCAGUGUGAAGGGAGGACAGAGCUCCUACCCACAAGAAACUCACAGUCUAGGAGGCCCAUAGGCUGAUACAAAACAGGCGAGUGCAGAGGGGUGGCAUAAGGAAGCAACACUUGGUUUUCUUCUAGGGCCAGAGGAACAUUCCUGAAGGUGAUCAUGGCAGAGUUAGGUUUUCAAAACAAAGAAACUUCCCAGAGAGACAAGGGUUUCCUAUUCCCAAAUGAGGGAAGACUAUGCACAGAAGCGAGGAACCACACUAUCUUCUAUAGCAAAUAGUGAGUUUCCAGCCCGGAGUCCCUUUGAGAUUUUUAAUAAGGAAGGAAGAGCUUAUGUCCCCUACUCAGUUCUGUUUCAUCUGGGCGUGGGUUUGCUGGGAAAGGGUUGCAUCAACCUGACAGUUUUUUUCUUCCCUCGCCUGUGAAGGAUGCGGUCCAUUCCGCUGCAGGCUGGAGGGCGAGCACCAAGUGCUGUAGAAACAGCCAGGCAGUCCAGACAAACCCGCAGGCCACGAGGGUGAGAGAGUAUUUUAUUUGGCUCUGCAUAAAAGUCAACUGAAAGUUUGGUAUCUGACUGGAGAAAAUGAAUAUUCAUGAGCUCCAAGCUUAUAGACAAUGGAUUAGUUUCUAAUUGAGCCCUUGUGCUCAGAUAGGACACAGAAAAGGGAUAAGAGAAUGUGCACCAGUCUGCUUCACUGUGACUGGCUGAUCUGAGCAGUAGAGAAGCGUCUGAGCCUGUUUCCGUGGGAAGGCAGGCAGGAGCUGGGGCAGAGGGGAACACGGGUCAGUGGUCACAGAGGGUCAAGCUUGGGUCCAAUGCCUCUGUGCACUGGUAGCUGGUAGCCAAUUGUGGUGUGGGAGAACCAUCCAUACCAUGUGACCUUCUCUCAAACUGCAAAAGGCACCGCCAAGAGACUCCCUGACCCUGCUGCAGCCCAGAUCUGGGCUACACCAGAGCCUCCUGGCCCACAGCUGACCCAAGUUACUGCCCUGCUUCAGCUACGUGAAAAUAACCCCCAUUGAAACUCCUACAGGUAACAUGAGUUUAUUCCUCUGAGUCGAAAGGACUUGGGAGGAUUUGGGCGAGAGGUUGCAGGUUCUUAUAGUAGUAAGCCCACCAUAAAGCCCUGCCCCACACCACCAAAUCACAUAGGGUAAGCAUCAGAUCCUGUCCUCUGCUGGAUAAUUUUGUCCCUCACCCAUGGUGACGUGCCAGGGUGGUUAUUCAGAGGUUGUUUGGCACUGUUGUAACCGAGGGGCCAUGGCUCUUGUCAGCAUGGGAAGAAAUGCUAUUGAUCCACUUCUUUGGUUGCUGUGGACCUAAAAGAACCAUUUACCCUCUGGCAUGAUUAACUUCUGAAAGUCAAAAGGUUAGAAAUAAGUUUGAUUUUUCCAGGAUGACGUGCUUGGAGACAGAAGGAGACACAGCCUAUCACAGGCCAGGACACCAUGCUUUUUCAUAAGUGUGAAUUUUUACAUUCUAGGCCAAGAGAAAACCCUUCUUGGCUAUUCGACAGGUGAGGAAAUGUUUUCCCCUCACUUAUUUUACCCACGUGGGUCUGCAGAGGCCCUCCAUUGGUUGGCACUGCUGCAGCUGACUCUGAGCAUGGAGGAAACAGGUCUUCUUAUAUCUUCUCUCAUCACUGAGCCCAAAUAAACCCUUGAUCUAAGACCAUAAAAUUCAAGGAGUCUGAGAAGAUAAGUCUGUGUUCUCCACACCCAUAGAAAAAGGACAGGGCAUCCAAGCUCUAAACCUGAUAGGACAUCAUAUCUGUCCCACAUUGAAAGGGGUGAUUUAAUACAAGCUCAUGAGUUGCCAUCUGUGCCCACUUCUCCGUGCACCACAACCUGAAAAAGCUUAUACACCAUAACAUAAUCAUUCCCCAAAGUCCUGUCCAACCGGCUGAUCUCCGUGGAUGAGGUAUAAUUUUUGUCAGGAAUGAGAGACUCGGUAGGGCUCUGCCAUCAAGACACGUCUGCAGUGAGAAGCCACACUCACCCAGGGGUCAGCGUGGGGAUCCUUUGGCGGAGAAAGUGGCUUUCACUGUAUUUAUAGAGGCAGUUCCCUGGAGAAGGUGGCCAUCUUAGGAGCAAUUAGGAAGAACCUCCAGUUGGUGGUGGUCUUUAAAAAUACGGAAGUAAACGUUUGCAUUCUUAGGUGGUUGUAGAUUUCCCCCCAAAGUUGGGUCAUCACUAUGAGAAGCAGGCCAGAAAGUGGAGGAGGGAGUUGGCGACUGAGCAGAGAGAGAUUCUGGGGCAGCUGGAGUUGGCCUCCGCCUGGGAAGGCUCUGGAGGUCCUCCUGGUAGCCUCUGGUCUUCAGCUCCCUUCCCACCCACUCUUUCCCAGGCAUAGGGACAAGGCAGGCCAUGAUGGGGGCACUUCCCUUAUCACCAAGUAGGGUGAUUGCCAGCGUUUACAGCGUGGUGGGAGAAUAGCUCUAGGAAGACCCGAAAUGCUUCUCCCCUCCAUCAGAUCAUCUUGUCAAACUUUUAAAAGCCCAAAGGUCAGAUCGUCCCUUUUAAAAUUAAUCAGAAAGAUGAUGAAAGUCAGACCAAGGACACAGGGGCCUCACUUGGAAAACAUCCCAGCCCCUUAUAGACAAUGGGAGAGGAAUAUAUUUUAAGGAGGGGAUUCCCUAAAAUAUAGUCUUGCUUUGUGGGUGAUGAUUUGAUCCCCUGGGACUGUGUCCACCUUUAAAUUCCCAUGAUCUGCUCUUAACGACUGAGUCCCAGUGUUGGAGAAGUGGGAAGAACAAGCAGUCGGGAGCCUGGGGUGGCCCGGCUGGGGCGCAGGGCAGCAGGAACCCAGCCUAGGUAGGGAGUGCAGUGUUGUUUAAAGCUGUGGAUGGUUUCAGUGAGUUGUCUGUGUCUGACAAUCGUCACUAGGGAGUACUACUUACUGUCUUCCCUUGUACAUACAUUGUCUGUGUUUAGCUUUUCCUAGUAUUGUGAGGUUUCAAAUAAGGGUUCCAUGUAAAUACUCUCUCUGCAACUGAAAUGCCAGCCCCCUGGGUCACGCACCUUUCCCACAAACGGUUUUGCCUUUCUGUGUGCUAACACGUAUAUUGAGCCACCAACGUGCAGAUGGACGGUUAGUCUCUGGGGCUUUUAUUUUGCAAUUUUAUAUAUAUGCACAUAUAUAAUAUAUAUAUAUAUAUAUAUUUAUGGGAUGGUUUUGUAUAGUUUUCUGUUUGAAUCUCUGAGCACCAAAGCUGCCCUUGGAUUUUCACGAGAACUUUCCAAAGCCACUUCCUGAGCCCUUCUGCUGCUUUGGUGUCUGACUGUGUUGCUGGGGUGGUAUCUCUGCCCGUGGAUUUCUGUAUGUAUGUGCUGUUAUCUCACCUGCGGAUAUUACCCUAGUAAAUCUAACGUGCUUGGCUUC